GCGCGUUCUAGAAUCUGGGCUCUAGAAUAUGGAAUCCGCAAGACGUAGAUCGGAGCAGAGCGAGAGGUGUUGGCGUCGGUUGGCUGCGUAUGCAGGGUAGCUACUCGUAGGCAGGCAGGUAUGCGAGUAUCAAGUAGAUGGGUACAGUACGUAUCCCCACGCACGCUUCGCGCCACGAUUCUUUAUCCCACGCCCUUUUACGCCCACUGCGUAUCACGAAGAACACGACGGCUUCAACGACAACCCCACCCAGCCAGCUUCGACACAGACGGCACAAGCGCCAGCCAUGGCACGGCUGCAUCACGACGCCGACGCCGACACCGACAACGACCGAUAUGCAGAGCGGCAGUUCGUUCAAGACGAGGAAGAGCACGAGAAGGAAGAGGAUGAGGACAAGGACCGAGAGUCCCGCAGCGGCUUCGCCAGCACGCCUGCGCCGCUGUCGCCGAUUGUCAGCAGCAGCGGCGCAGACAUCGAGACGGGGCAACAGGGCAACAACAACGGCAACAGCAACGACAACGACAGCGAGGGCGAGGUCGAGCCCGUCGUCACGCCUAAAACGUGGGUCGUGGCCAUGAUCCUCUCCGCCGGGUACGGCCUCUCCUUCUGGCCGAUCCCGGCCGUGAGCGCGGUGGGGGAGCUGUUGGUGGCGGAGGAGUUUGGCGAGGAUGUCACGGCGGCGAACUGGUUCGUGCCGGCGUGGACGAUUGCCAUUACCGUGUGUUUUAUGAUCUGUGGCUCGAAUACGGACGUGCUGGGCCGGCGGUGGUUUCUUGUGGGCGGGAAUCUGGUGUGUACGGUUGGCCAUGUCAUCAUCGCGACGGCCAGGUCUGCGCACCAGAUGACGGCGGGGCUGGCGGUUGAAGGAUUUGGUGCUGCGUGCUGCCAGAUGGCUGCAUUCGCCCUCCCCGAACUCCUCCCCAACAAAUGGCGGCACAUCGCCGUCGUCAUCGCCGACGCAACCAUCUACGUCGCCGUGACCGUCGCGCCCGCGACGGCGCGCUACGCGUACGAGUCGGGCGCGUGGCAGUGGAAUUUCGGCGCGCCGGCCGUGUUCCAGUUCCUCUCGUUCCUCGGGCUGUAUUUCCUGUACUUUCCGCCCGCGCUGCCCGCGGGCCUGCCGCUCAGGCGCGCCCUCGCCGAGAUCGACUACCCGGGCAUCGCGCUCUUCGUGCUGGGCGCCGUGCCCGUGCUCACGGGCAUCGUGUGGGCAGGCAUCUACACCUCGUCCUCGAACGCGCACGUCGUGGCGCCGCUGACCGUGGGCGGCGUCUUCCUGACGCACGGCUGGGCUUUGCACCCGCUGACGCCACCACGCAUCUUCACGGCCAGCCGCGGGCGGGACUUCACCGCGCCGGUGCUCGCGCUCACCGUCGCCAACAUGUUCUACUACUCCAGCAGCAUCCUGUGGCCCACCAUGAUCGCCGUGCAGCUGGCGGUGCCGCAGGGCUUGCGCUGGCAGUGGCAGCUUACGGGUGCCGUGUUCGUGACCGUGCUGUUUGGCGCGCUGCUGGGGCUCGCGACGCCGAGGAACCGCGGCGCCAUGUUGGCGUUUGUGUUUGUUUCGCAGGCGGGCUUGGGCUGGGCGCUGUAUUUGAGCAUUAUGCUGGCGCAGAUGGGGGUGGAGCAGAGGGAUUUGGGCAUUAGUGGAGGCGUGGCGGGCGCGUUUAGGUUUGCUGGCGGGGCGGUCGUGACUUCCGUCUACCGCACCAUCCUCAACAAGCAACUCAGCCACUGGACGCCACGGCUGAUUAGCACCACGGCACUGAGCGCAGGCCUCCCCGCCGCCGAGCUUCCCCUCCUCAUCCAAACGCUCAGCAGCAGCCUCGGCGGCGCCGUCCCAGCCGGCACGCCCCCAGCCGUCGCGGCGGCGGCGACAGAGGCCCUGAAGCAGGCGUAAUGCAAGGCCGUGUUUGCGGUUGCGAUGGCGUCGCUGGGGUUUGGGGUUGUGGGGCUGGCGGCGUGUCUGUGCUGCAAGGAUGUUGAGGCGAAGAUGACGGGCAAGAUUGAGGUUUUCUUGAGGGAUGAGGGGGCGAAGGGGAGGAAGGGGAGGGAGGUGCGGUAGGUUUGUGGUUGGGGUUUUGUGUGCGCUUGAAACUAGAUGAUAUACGAAAGUGUUGGUUUUUUAAUAAGCGAAUAUAUGUCGUGAAAGGUGAUUAUCUUGUGGAGGCUUGAUGUAGUCCAGGGCGGACUUGGGAUACGAAACGCGGUUAUGUA